CCUAGACUACCCAGCCACACGCGAUACCAAGCUAGCCUACUGCUUGAAGAAUCCCAUACGCACCCACGGAUGCAGACGCGCAUAUGCACACAUUGCAAAAAAUGGCAAGGCAAACGAGUCGAUGAACCGUCCGUUUCGCCCCUCGUCCCGCCUCACGAUCAGACAAGGCUGUCAAAUCCAUCCAAGCCAUCAUCAUUGCCACCAUUGCCUUCUCCGCCCGCGUCGUCCCCGUCGUCGAGGACUUCCUUUUUGAUUUCCGUAACCGGCUCGCCGUUGACGUCGUCCGCAUCCGCGCCAUUGAGACUAGCAUCGACAUUUACAUUCACAUUCGCAGUAGUGGUAGUAGUGCCCUUCUUCGGACGACCCCGUCCCCGCUUCUUCGUCGCAGAAGGAGACGCCGCGUCGUUCUCGUUGUCGUUAUCGCCGUCACCCUCUUCGUCGCCAGCAGCGGCGGGUUUGGCCUUACGCUUGGGCGUGCGCGGGGUUUUGGGGGUUUUGGGGGUCUUCGGCGCCGCAGCAGUCUCGUUCCCACACCCAGUUGCAAGACCGGCGCCUCCCCCUUCUUCGCCCGCCUUUAGCAGCGCGAGGUCGUCCUUGAGCGAGACGCGCAGGCGCGAGAUCAUGAGUUUGCAGGCGACUUCGGUGCGGUUGGCGGGGCGGGGUGCGUCCUUGAAACGGGUUUGUUAGUGGUGUGCAAGUGGAGAGAGGAUUGAGUAAAUACGUACAGCGUAGUUCGGUUUCGCGCCGCUGGCUUCGAGGAGGCCGAUCAUGUAGCCGAUCUUAACGAGCCUACGGUCAGCUUUUGUCGUUGAAAUGAGAGAAAUUGAUUGAGUGGUACGUACACGCUCGCGGUCGGACAGCUCGACGCGUCGCUGGCCGCCCGUGGAUGUCGAUUCCUUUUUGACGACGGGGGCUGGUUUGGCGCCGCUUGCUUCGAGAAGGCCGAGGAUGUAGAGGGCCUGUUUUUAAGGAGUGUAAAUGAGUGCAGUGGAUGUGGGAGGGAUUGUGGGGUGGAGACGCACGCGCUCGCGGUCGGUCCAGCCGCUGCUGCUUUGGGCGGUUUCAGACAUGGUGAGUUGGUGUGAUGCUGGUGGGGUGAGAUUGUGGUGCUGUGGAUGGGUGGUUAGUGGGUUGUUG